UCUUAGGGUUUUGAUCAAAAAAAAGAAGAAAAAAACUUGUGAAACGUAUCGGAGAAGUAUGGAUCUUAAAACAACGCUUGAUCAGUGUCCGCCGUUGAGAAAACUCACCUCUCUGAAACACAGAUUCUUACAGCCACUCAAUCAAGACGAUUUGACAAGUUACGAACGACCAAAGCGAAAGUUUUCUUCUCUUCGUGGUAAUGAUGACGGCCAAGAAGAUCCUUCUUGGAAACGCAUACGCUUUAAACUCCGGCCAGAGAAGAAAGACGACGCCGUUUUCGUUGAGUCUCCUAGGUUUAAAAGUAGUCAAUUGACGAUACGACAGCGUUCUACUAGUGACGACUCUUCUGAUACGAUGAAACACGGAAUCGAAGUAGGAGAAGGGUUUACAAGCGAUGCAGUUUUCUAUAAGCCGUGGUUUGAUAGUUUACGAUUGAAACGACAGCGUUUGGGUGAAGAUCAAGAUCCUUCUUCUUGUUCUCCGUCUGUAGAUGACAUCGCUGCUCUCACUCUCAUCCAGUUUUCCCGUGAUGAUCGGCAAUCUAAAACACAAACCCUAAUACCACAACCGCAAACGCAGCCACAGACGCAAACGCAGACGCAGACUCAUACAACUCAACAACAGACGCCUGUGAAGUCUGAUCUGUUCGAGUGUACCGUAUGUGGAAAAGGGUUUACUACGUAUCAAGCAUUAGGCGGUCACAAGGCUAGCCACAGGGUUAAGCCGCCACAACCGCUUGUUGAAAACGCAGGAGUAGACGCUGGAGAUAAAACGCGGACAAAGAUGUUGGCCCCUUCUGGGAAGAUCCACAAGUGUUCUAUAUGUCAUGUUGUGUUCCCGACGGGACAAGCACUAGGUGGACACAAACGCCGUCACUACGAAGGCGUUCUAGGCGGUCACAAACAGGGUAGUGACGAAGUUGUUCACAAGUUAAGUCCCGAUAGUAAUGGGAGCAGCCUUGUUACAAAAGUAUUGGAUCCAGAACAGAGCUUCAGUGUUAGUGAAAACGUUCUUCUCAGUGGUCACAAACGCAAUCAGGACGAGGUUGUUCACAAGUUGAGUCUCGAUAGUAAUGGGAUCCUUGUUACGAAAGUGUUGGAUCCAGAACUGAGUUUAAGUGUUAGUGAAAACGUUCUUCUCAGUGGUCACAAACGCAGUCAGGACGAGAUUGUUCCCAGUGUAGACAAGUGGAGUCUCAGUGAUGCGAGUGUUGUUAAAAAUUUGGUGAAUCUAGAGCUAAGUCUCGGGGGUCAGAAACGUAGUCAGGAUGAGGAGGUUGUUCUUGGAGAAAACAAGUGGAGUGCUAGCUGUAAUGGGAGUGGUGUAACAAAUGUGUCGGAACCAGAGCAGAGCCAAAGAAGAUUGAUAGAUCUUAAUAGCCCGCCGUCACCGGAGUUUGAUGAAUCUGGAGUCAGAGAUGUCGAGGAAGCUGAAAGUGCAAUAUAUCGGAAGAGAAGAGGUAUGGCUAUCUCAACGCACUUGAGACAGAUCUUAACGAAGGUGAAUCAAGUUUCGCCGUCGAUGUCUGUGGCCGAUAUGAAGAAAGAAGUAGAACUUUGGAUGCAAGAAAACAAAGACGGUUUACCAGUCGACGACGAUAUUUUCGUUGAGAGCUUUUUGGGAACGAUCGAACGUAAUUGUUCUGCAACUGGUGAUCAAGAUCCGAAUUCGGAACGCAGAGUCAUAAAAGCGAUAGAACACAGAUUCUUAGAAGGAGUAGGAGGAAAAGAAGAAGGGUGUGGUUACGACGGCGUUUCGAAUGACACGGGUUUGGAAAGUAGUGAGCGGUCUCAAAGACAGCGUUUUGGUGAUGAUGAAGAUUGUUUCUCGGAACAGAGUUCAUCCUUCUUGGAAACUAACCCGCGAGAAGAAGAAAGACAAGGAGGGUUCGCUAAUAACGACGCUUUCCUUGAGCUUUUGGUGGAAAAUAUUGAGCGAUCAAGACGAGGGCAAAAGCGUUCAUCUUCUUCUGAUGAUGAUGAUGUUAAAGAUCCUUCUUCCUCUUCUUCUCUGUCUGAAGAUGAAAUCGCUGCUCUCUUUCACAAACGGCAUUCACCAACACAACCUCAAACGGAACCCCUACGGAAACCGAAACGGCAGAUGCUGCACAAGCCUGAUUCGUACAAGUGCAGUGUCUGUGGACAAGAGUUUUCUACAUUCCAAGCUUUAGGUGGUCACAAGGCUGGCCACAGGAUUAAGCCGCUUCUUGUUGACGCUGGAGAAAAAACGAGGCAAAAGUUGUUGGCACCAUCUGGUAAACUCCACAAGUGUUCUAUUUGUCAUAGAGUGUUUCCCACGGGACAAUCCCUCGGUGGACACAAACGCCUUCAUUACGAAGGCGCUCUCGGAGGUCAUAAAGACAGCAUGGACGUGGAGGCCGUUUCCCAAGGAGACAAGUUGAGUCCUGGUGGUAAUGUUGGUGUUGUAACACAUGUACCUGACCCAAAGCAGAGCUUAGAGGGACUGAUAGAUACGAACAAAGUGCUGUCGCCAGGAGACGUUGAAAGUGCAAGCGAGCUUCGACAAGAAGAAGGAAGUACCAAUGCUAACAGGAUUCAGUUUUUUAACUUUUUUUAAACUGUUUACCAAUUCUAGAUUAGUUUUUUUUUUGUUCUUCUAUAAAAUUCUGGACUAGGUUACUUUCUGUUAUCUCAUACCCCUGAUGUGGGACUGUUUUCAACUCUUACUAGUGUUAUAAAACUUUUUGGAGGUUCCCCACAAAAGCAAAAGGAACAAUUAGAGUUGAGGUGAGAGCGUCCUCUUUUUAACAACUAGAAACGAGUAAAUGACAAGACAUCAUAAUAUGAAAGAACGGCAUCAAGUCUAGAACUAGAAAACGGAGACAAUCAGUAAUUCAUCAGAUCAUACAUUACUACAUCUUUAUAUGUACACAAGCCAAAGAACCAUUAGAAAAACUUCUGUAUAUAAAAACUAAGCUUACUUACUUUUAGAGGAAUUACCUGCAAUCUUAAAAAAAAAAAAAA